AAAAGCAUACUUUGUGAAGGAAUUCACCUUUAAAGGGCUGUCUGCCCAAGUGCUCUUCUGGAAUAGCUCUUGCAAAAUAAUGCAGUUUUCAAAAGCUGUGCCAGCUGCUUCCUCUGUAUAGACAAAGCCUUGGGCUCCCAGGAUUGGACUUUUGGUACUCAUAGAAAUUGCUCGAUGUUUCGAAUGGGGACCCUGCGAGCGAGCACUCCUGUGGUGUGCUGAUGAUGGCACAGGGCCCUGGGUUUUGUUGCUUGGUUUCCUGACUUGGCUAAGAAAUGGCUUGGAAAAGGUGCCCUUAACCUCCCACAGGCAGAGGGUGGGGAAGUUUUCACAAGCCCCUUGGAACAGGCUGAGAUGCUGCUCCAGUCCCGUCUGCUAUUCCAAGCCCACACAAGGGGCAGCCAGGAACUCCUGCUCGCGGGAGAUGCGAUGUCUCCUUGACAUGCAGUCCCGUACCAACUGUGCCACCAGAGGCGAGCUAAAACGGGUGAUUGCUUUCCAAAUACUGUCUCCAAGAAGCCUGCAGAUGUCUCACAGAAGCGUUCAUAUCCUAAAAAGCACCUUUUCCAUCCUUUUAAAAUGGCAGAUUAAGUCAUGUGUAUGACUCAGGCUCAUUUUCUUGUCCUGUGACUCCAGGCAAGUCACUUCUUUUCCAGCUCCCUGACAGGUUUUGGCCAUCCAAUCCAAAACCGCCAUGUGUGCCUCGUUGAGGAAGAUGCGUGAGCGGCACCGAGGAAAAACAAAAGGCAGGGCUGCGUUGAACUAAAUGCCUUCCAAACCAACGCGGUUUGAAUUAAUGCUGCCUUUCCCAGCUGUAGAGUGAGGGCGAUGCGAUAUUCCCGGCAGACAGCGAUUACAAUAGCUGAUAAACCAUGAACGAUGCACUGAUUGAAGACAGACUCGGGCGUCUUCCAGCGCGGGGCGGGUGAGGGAAGGGCCCGCCCGCCCUCAUGGCGCCCCCAGGGCCCCGCCCCGGCCGCCGGCGGGAAGGCGGCGGGGCCGGGCCCUCAGGAGGAGCGAGGCGGGCCGCCGUGGCGGGCUCGGAGCCUUCGCCCCGGGUAGUGAUGACUGGAAUCCUUCAGGUGUGCCAACACGCACCAGCAGCAGGACAACAAUUCACUAAGCAGGAGGAUUUUUUUCGUACUUAAAGCUUUUAAUAGGUGAUCAAUACUUUAUUGCGUGCUCUUUCACGAUGAAGGCCAUGGAGGAUCAAGUAGUCCAAGAAGACCCAGGGUACCAGGAUGAUGAGGAAUCCUUUUUUCAGGAUAUUGACCUGCUGCAGAAGCAUGGAAUUAACGUAGCAGAUAUUAAAAAGCUGAAGGCAGUUGGGAUUUGCACAAUCAAAGGAAUCCAGAUGACCACGAGAAGGGCAUUGUGCAACGUGAAGGGGCUCUCAGAGGCCAAAGUGGACAAGAUUAAAGAAGCUGCAAACAAGCUUGUUGAACCAGGCUUCCUCACUGCCUUUGAGUACAGUGAAAAACGGAAGAUGGUAUUUCAUAUUUCCACCGGCAGCCAGGAAUUUGAUAAACUUCUGGGUGGUGGGAUUGAAAGCAUGGCAAUCACUGAGGCCUUUGGAGAGUUCCGGACAGGCAAAACCCAGCUAUCUCACACUCUUUGUGUGACAGCUCAGCUCCCAGGACCAAAUGGCUACACAGGUGGAAAGAUUAUCUUCAUUGAUACUGAAAACACUUUCCGACCAGACCGCCUGCGUGACAUUGCUGAUCGCUUCAAUGUUGACCACGAGGCAGUGCUUGACAACGUGCUCUAUGCACGUGCAUAUACCAGUGAGCAUCAGAUGGAAUUGCUUGACUAUGUAGCAGCCAAGUUCCAUGAGGAAGCUGGUAUCUUCAAGUUAUUGAUCAUUGACUCCAUAAUGGCGCUUUUCCGUGUGGAUUUUAGUGGUCGUGGAGAGUUGGCCGAACGUCAACAGAAGCUAGCUCAGAUGUUGUCGAGGCUCCAAAAAAUAUCAGAAGAAUAUAAUGUGGCUGUGUUUGUGACCAACCAGAUGACUGCUGACCCAGGAGCAACUAUGACCUUUCAGGCAGACCCAAAAAAGCCCAUCGGGGGCCACAUCCUUGCUCAUGCUUCAACUACUAGGAUCAGUUUGAGGAAAGGGAGAGGGGAACUGCGUAUUGCAAAGAUCUACGACAGUCCUGAGAUGCCUGAAAACGAAGCCACAUUUGCAAUAACUGCCGGAGGGAUUGGGGAUGCCAAAGAAUAGGUAAAAAAAAAGCUGUAAAUGUACAGCUAAAAACCAGCUGAGCAGUUGAGAUGAAGAUUUGUGAAAGGUCGACAACUACCUGGCUGUAUUUGUAGCUUUUGGGAGAUAUUUAAGAUGUUUUGGGAGAAAACUGGGAUGGACUUUGUACAGUUCAGUUUUACUGAACUAAAAUUUUGGUCAUCUAGUAUUUUCGUUUUUCAAUAGAACUUUUAGCACACAAAGAUUUAAGCCAUUAGAUUGUGAAUUGUUCUUAGAAUCCUUUUCCUAUCUUUUGUGAAAAUCAAACCUGUCCUUUCACAUGGGAGUGAAUAUACUCUUUCCUAAUUUAUUUCAAAGAGAGUGUCUAAGUGGUAGGUUUUAACAGUGUGAAAUGCAAGAGAACUGGAAUAAACUCAGUUAUAAAAUUGUCAUAUAUAGAUGGAAAAGGCAGUAGGAGGAACAACAGCUCAAGAACUUGAUGGAUUUUCACAUACUGUAGAGGAACAAGUAGUUUUAAGAAUACAUUUUUAAACAUUUUUAUCUUGACUAGAUAAUGUUGAUUUUUUUUUUAGCAUUUUCUACUUUUUAGACAGAAUGUUUGAAACCUGUUCUUAUUAAAGUUAAAAAUAAAGACUAUGAAUUAGAA